GUUAACCAAGGAAGCACAAUUAAAUUCAACCAGAGAAGCUAGUUGUACAGCAUUCCCACCAACCACAUAUUAAAUAGUGGGAGUGAGUAACCGAAGGAAGCAACGCAACCAAAUAAACCCAAGAAUAGAUUCUAGAUCUAAGCUCUCCCACUUGCUUCUCUGCAUAAUUCAUUCCUUCAUUUAUUUCCAUAAAAAGGGGAAAUGAGCUCUAGUAAUCUAGAGUUUGCACUGAGAUGUAUGGUCACUGGUCAAACAUUGUUCCCAACUAGAAAUUGAACUCAAUAUUUUUCGAAUGCAAGUUUUGAAGAUUUCAGGCGAUAGAAACUUGUAAGAGGAUGGCAUGUGAUUAUUUUGACAAGAUUCAAGAAAUCACAAUUAUAUCAACUAUGAUUUCUUUGAUUAAACAUAUAAGGUAUGUUGUCUAUAGUAUAGAAAAGAUUUUUAAGGAGUUUGUUUUAUUUGACCUCGAAUGUUAUAAUAAGAAUUAUAAUUCUCUAUUAUUAGCUUAAGAGUUCUAUAUCUAUCAUCAUAUAAUAACAUUUUAUACUCUGGAAAUUACUUCAAUAAUCUUUUCACUACUAAAAAUAUUACAUUCACUACGCCAAAAAUGAGUUUUACAAGCGCACCUUAGACAACGCUUUCUUCCAAAAGCGCUGCUAUAGGUUAAAUAAAAAAAUAAAACACAGAAACAGUAUACGAAAAAAGUAAAAGCGCUGCUAAAAGGCCUACCUUAGACAGGGCUUUUUAUAAGCGCUUCUAAAAGGCAUACCUUAGACAACGCUUUUGAAAGGGCCGACCUUAGAUAGCGUUUUUCCCAUAAGCGCUGUUUAAAGUCAUGUAAAUUUUUUAAAAAAAAUUCUCAAAAGCGCUGCUAUAGGCCCAUAUUAGCCAGCACUUGCUAAAUGCAUACCUUAGCCAACGCUUUUUCUUCAAAGCGCUGUCUUAGGCGAAUUACAUUAGAACUAUUUAAAAAUAGAUUCUAAUCCCAAACAAAAAACCCUUACUUUUCUAUUCUGUAUCGGUCUUCUUCUCUCUCAGACGAAAAACCCUACAAAUCGAACCCAAAUCUUCAUCCAUUUCAACAUUUAUUCCAUCAACGUUCCAUCUCUACUUUUUUUCAACCUAAAAUUGCAUUUCGUUUUCGCGACCAACAUAUUUGAAGGAAAUUUCAUUUCGUUUUCGCGACCUAAAGUUCAAACUGUGAGGAAUUUCGUAGAAUUUCUCGUGUCGUACGCGUUCCAAAUUGAUUUCUUGCUCGUGAUUCACGACUUCACACAUUUUCCAACUGAAUUUGUUUGAGAUUCCCUCCUUCACGCUUCAGAUUUUGUGGUUUUUGUAGUGUUCAUGAUUAGCACCUCCACAAGACACAGUUCAGGUAUUCAUCUUUCAGAUUUAAAAUUAUAUUUAUGGAAUUAGGGGUUGUUGGGUAUAUAUUUUUAACAUUUUUUGUUCAGUUUUGAUUUAUGUUCAUGCGCUUCUGGUAAUUUGAUUACUCUUUUAUUGAUAUGGAUUAUUGUCUCUGAUAUAGAUUAAAUUUGUGUUCUACUAAUUUCUGGUAUUGAUAUAGAUUAUUGUCUCUGAUUAUUUGAUGUUUAACUGAAACCAGUCAGACUGACGUCAUCAGCAAACCACUGCUCCUCGCCAGAAAAUCGCUGCUCAGUUAACUGUCGUAAACGCCUCCACAGGUUAAUUAGAUGGCUAGUAACGAGGAUCAACCACAUGAUGAUGCUAUUGAUGAUGGAGAUCAUGAGAACAUUGUUGAUUAGGAAGCGGAAAUUAGAAGAGGAAUAACACUUAUGAAGAGAGUCAUUCGUGAUAGAGACCGAGGCAUACUAUUAGAUGCGCAUUGGAGCGAAAGUGGCCUACUAAUUGAGCCUAACGGUUCAAAGAUUACAAGUUUUAUUGGUGCACUCGUAAGGAAUGCAAUUCCAAUUACUUGUGAUGAUUGGAGAGAUACAAAUUUGAAAAAAGCUAAAGACAAACUUUGGAUUGAGAUACAGGUACCAUAUGUGUAUGUUUUUCGUAGAGGAGUUUCAACAACAUGGAGGAUAAUAGAAGAAAAAUUUGUCUCAAAUUGGCCGGAAGACUACUAAGAGGGUUUAGGACUUUUUUAACUAGGAGAUAUCUUAUGGAUGCGAAUAAAAAUUUUGUUGAUGCAGAGUAUCGAAAAAGAUAUAGCAGUUUGAUUUCACCUGAAGAAUGGGUAACGUUUAAAGUAAAACGAAAAAACCCAUAUUUUCGGAGUAGAAGUGAAACAAAUCGGCAAAGAGCACCAGGUCCCCCAUAUCCAUACAGAAAAGGGCGUAUGGGAUAUGGACGCUUAGAACAGUCUAUUUUAACAAGGGAGAGUAGUUAUGAAACAUCUGUUCUACCACAUGUUUUGUGGAAGGAAGCCUGUGUGGGAAAGGAUGGAGUUAUCAUAGAAGAUGUUCAAAAAGUUUUUGAAAAAUGCGAGACUCUAUCUCAGUCUAUAUCUCCAGAUGAAUGCAAUGAUUGCAGGAGCAUACUUAGCCGCGCAUUAGAUAUUCCUGAAUAUUCUGGUCGGGUGAGGGGUAAGGGAUUUGGAAUCACUCCAACAUCCUUAAAGAUGAAAAAACAGAAGGCUCCUAGCAAUAGAGAACUGCAGGAAACCUUGUAUGCACUACAAGCUGAAGUCCGUGAAUUGAAAAGGGAAAAAGAAUUAAGAGAGCAAGCUUCAGGUUGUAAAGCUACUAGUGACAAAGGUAGUAUCGAUUGUAAUUUUCAACCGAAUCUUCCAGAGGGCAUUUCACCUUGCCAACUCUACUUAUCGUCACCGACUUAUCAGAUGGUUGGCAAGGGAAAAGUGCAUAACACUUUGGGAGAAUUACUUCACACUAGACCGCUCCCUACGGGCUGUUUGAAAGUAUCGAUUGACAUUGCUUUAGAGAAGGAUGCGUUACUACCGCAUCCUGACGAUGUUUCGGAUGCCACAUUGGUGGGAGAUGCAAUAGGUUCGUUUGUUGCAUGGCCGUCAAGCCUCAUUAGUGUAGAUGAUGAGACUCCAACAAAAUCUAAAGCAAAAGACAAGGAGCCUCCGCAGAAAAUCGAGUCAGUUGCAUCACUAAAAGAGAUGCAUGCUAAAGAGAUUGAAGAUGUCAGUAAGGGUAAGAAGCCUGAAAAGGUUAUUGCUAAGAAGACCGCAACUAAGAAAAAAUCUACUCCCAAUAAGUUUAGGCCGUGCCUUUCACAUUUUUACAACUCUCUGAUAUUCCGCAAGGAAACACCCGUCUUGUACCUAUGGAGGAAGAUUUGUUUGGUAUUGAGCAUCAAGAAACAAUUAGUAUGGAAGAUUUUGAACAAAUUUUUGAACAUACGCAAUUAGGCCUCGGUGUUAUUGAUACAUACAUAAGGUUUUUGUAUGAAAAAUUGAUGCACCCGAGUGGAUUGAGGCAAAGAUUCGCUUUCUUAGCUCCCUUCAAUACCAACUUAGGGUUAAUCAUAUCUAAACCGGAUGAAGUCAUCGCGUAUGUACUCAACCAUUUUAUGGCCAACAUAAAUUCAGAAAAGUUGUUCUUUUUACCGUUUAAUACCGGCAACGGAGAAGUUGUAUAUUUUCUGGAUUCCUUACACAAUCCAAUUAGUACAUACGAAGCUAUGAAGGAGUUGGUUGAUACCGUUAUACAAGUUUUUCGAGCACAAAGAGGAAGUCAAGUACCAAAGAGUAAAGCCAACAACAUCA